AUGGUAUCUGUUUUGUUACUGUUCACAAAACUCUUCGGCCUUGUGCUGCUGAAGGUCAUCAGCAAUAUUCUGUUUUUCUCCACCAUAUGCUUCAGAAAAACUCGGGGAGAGCUUAAGACAUCACUAACAGGAAAAACUAAAUUGAAAGGAUGUGAUGAAACGUCGAAUUCAAACAAAAAGAUUGGAGUGGUCAUCGUUUCGCAAUUUUGUUUUCAAAGGAGAGGAGUAGAGGACAAAUGUUCUGGUGGUGUUUCCAGGUUUUUGAAAAAUUAUGCUUUGUUUGAGAGAGUGCUUGGAGAAGUAUCUGUUAACGUUAUUGUGUCUUGGGUGAACAAGCUCAUUCAAAAGGGAGCUUUCAUUGCUCGACCACAAAAUACAACUUUUUUCCUGGUUUAUGCGAAGGAUUCUACUGACUUGUGUGACCUAAAUAAAUGGUUCCACAUUUUGCCGAACCACCAACGAACGAAUAAAUAUUUCAUGAGCGGCCAGAAAAAAGUUAAGAAGGAAGAUAGAGAUGAUUUGGCUGACAGUUCUCAUAUUCUUUCUCUGGCGCGACGCAAUUUCAAUCAUAAUAAUGAAUGGGAAGAUCCUCGUGCGUAUUGCUCAUACAGUCAACUUCACAGUCACAUAAUACCACUGAGUCAACGAACCCCACGCUGUCUUAACGAUAAUUUUAGUGUGAAAAGCAAAUUACUUUCAAAAUGUCGUUAUAUAACUUCUGAGAGUGAAGAUGGUUCAGAUUUACUGAAGGUUGGUCUCCAGGCUGCAAUAAAAGCUAAUUUAGAUUAUAUCAUUGUUAUUAAUCCACGAGCGAUAAAUAUACAUGAGGAUUUGCUUACUAAAACCAUGGAGUUGUUGACUGACAGAGGUAAAAAUUGUCAGGUUGAUAUUGUUCUAGGUGUUACAAAAAGAUGCUCAAAAAUUACCCAAUCUUCUGUCAAUAAUAAUUCCAUAAAAGUAAAUUCCUUCAAUGGUUUAUAUUUAUUGGGUUUAAAAGGUGGACAUUCAUUGAUGUCUAGUGUCAGCUUACUUUGUGACAAUGUAACAUGGUCAUCUAUGUCAGCUGCUGAUAGACUAUGGAGUAAUAUUUAUCACAAGCUGCCUACUUGGAAUUCAGUGUGUUUACGUGAAAGAUUAGAAGAGGUAUCUGAACCGUUGGAUCUUUUGAAUGUACAACAGUCGAUUGGUUUAUCGUGUGAAGAUGUGCUCAAUGACUCAAUAUCUGUUAUUAUUCCUAUGGGUUAUGGUCAUCCAGAUGAUUGCAUUGAUCCUGAAGACGUGGAGUUAAUCAGUUCAAAAACAUCGAAAUCAUUAGUCAAUACAAUUGACUUAGCAAUUCAUAAUGCUUCGGGUAAAAGGCAAAUUGAGAUUAUAAUUAUCGACAGUUCACCUGCAGAGAAUAAUAAUUCGUCAAAUUCUCCUGAUGCAAGUUUAUUAUUCACAGAGCCGUUUCGUAAUGUACGUCUGCGUCCUAUGAUCAACAUCCAUUUACAUCAUUAUAACCCAUUGGAGACAAGUGUAUUGAAACCGAAUCGUGGUGAACUUAUACACUAUGCUGCAGACCGAUAUGCUAGAGGCUCCAUGCUUGUGUUUGUCGAACCAGGGGUUCAAUUGCCAGUAAACUGGGAUUCAGCUGUUUUUUAUACACUACAAAGACCAGGUGUUGGAAUGGGUUGUUUCGCUUACCGUUUACACUUAGAUGACAAGUAUAUCCAUCGGAAAAGUCUUUCAUGGGCUAGUAACUGUUGGCUUGCAAGUUGGAUUGUAAAUGUACAAACAAAGUGGUCAGGUGUUCCGCUUGUUGGACAACCGCAUUUUAUCUAUUCACAUUAUUUAAAGUGUAUUGAUGGAUAUCCCAGAUCAUGUCGUUCACUUCAUGCCAUCGAUUUAGCAUUAAUCUCUCAUCAACAUUUAGGUGAUGUGGUUGUUACACGUGGUGGAACAGUUUCAGCCGGUAUUCCAGCCAUUUAUGCUAUAAGACACGGUGCUUAUCGUACUGCGGUGUAUACAACUCUGCUAGGUACAGCACGUUAUUUAGGCGCAACAGAUACUCAGUUAAAAUGGGCGUUGGAAUCAUCGACACUCUCAGCGGUCAGUUGUGAUAAUUAUCAAAAGAAUAAAGUUUCACACAUGCCUUUUGUUAAACCACACUACAAAGAUGGUUAUUAA